AUGAGCAACUUUGAGAUCGAUAAUAAUUGCACUCUUUAUAUAUGUACAGAUAAUUGUGAGGUGCCAACUAACAAUGAUAUUCAAAAGAAGUUAGAGAAUCAAAAUGUCGAUAAGAAAAUUGAAGGAAUGGAGAAUUUAAUAUUUAAUAUAAUCCAAGGAGUGUCAUAUGAGAAUUUAUUAAUGUGUGUUAUUAGAUAUAUUGUUCCUCAUAAAGAUCAUAGAUUAAAAAAGAUGUGUCAUAUAUUUUUUGAAAUUGUUGAUAAAUGUAAUUCAGAUGGUAGUUUAAAAGAAGAAAUGAUACUUGUAUGUAAUGCUUUAAGAAAUGAUAUAAUAUCUCCUAAUGAAUAUGUUCGAGGUUCCACUUUAAGGUUAUUAAGUAAAAUAAAAUAUCUGAAAAUAUUAGACCCAUUAAUAGAAACUAUUACAAAGAAUUUAAGUCAUAGACAUAGUUAUGUUAGAAAAAAUGCUAUCACAUGUAUACAUACUAUUAUUAAAGAUCAUGGAAUAGAUAUUAUUCCAAAUGCAGUUAAAGAAGUCGAAAAAAUUUUAUUCUUAGAAAGUGAUAUUUCUACAAAGCGUAGUGCAUUGGCUAUGCUAACUGAUAUUGAUCCUUUAACAACUCUAAAAUAUAUUCUAUCAUUAAAUGAUCAAUUAUAUGAUACAGCUGAUGUUAUUUUAUUAGAAGUUAUUCAUUUAUUUAAAAAGUUAUAUAUUCCUCAUGUUUUUGAUGACUCUUAUUUGAUAAUAAAUGAUGAAGAUAAAGACGACGACGAAGACGAGGAAGAGGACGACAACGAUAAUGAUCAUAAUGAUAAUAAUAAUAUAAAUAUAAAUAAUAAUAUAAAUAAUAUACAUAAUAUUACAUCCAAUGAAAGGUAUUCACAAAAUAACAAAAUAACUGAUACAUAUAAAUAUCCACCCAAUAGCAACAAUAAUAAUAAUAAUAUAUAUCAUAAAAAUGAAUUUAAAGUGGAUGAUGAAUUAAAUUUAUUAAGUGAAGAUAUAAAUUUUAAAAAGACAAAAUUAAAAGAUAAUAAUUAUAAUCAAUAUAAAAAUCAUGUAAUUAGAAUAUUAUUAAAUAUGCUUAAUAAAAAUGUUAGUUAUAGUGUAUUAUAUGAAGGUGCAUGUUGUUUAUUGUAUAUGAGUACAUCUGCUUUAAGCAUAAAAACAGCUUGUGAAUGUUUUAUUAAAUUAUUAAUAAAUCAACAUGAUAAUAAUAUUAAAUUAAUUGUUAUUGACAAGUUGUAUUAUAUAAUGUGUAAGUGGAAGAACAUAUUAGAAAAUUAUGCGAUGGAUUUAUUAAGAGCUCUAAAUUUUCCUUCACGUGACAUAAAAGUUAAGAUAUUAAAUUUAGUAUUGCAUGUGUUGACAAAGAGAAAUGUGCACUUGAUAUUAAAUGUCUUAAAAAAAGAAUUAUUAAAAUUGAAUGAUCAGAUAGUAUAUACAAAACAUAUAACAACAAAUAAUAAUAAUAAUACAAACAUGAAUGUGGCUAACAAUAGUGGUGCAACAAAUCACAGCAACAUCAAAGAUAAUAAUAAUAAUAAUAAUAAUAUUAAUAAUAGUAUCAAUAAUAAUAGUAGUAACAAUAAUAAUAGUAGUAACAAUAAUAAUGUUGGAAAGAACAAUUUGUCAACUAACUAUCAAGAAGUUAAGAGUUAUAAAAAAAUUCUUAUAAAAUCUUUACAACAUAUUUGUAAUAUAUAUUCAAGUGAAUGCCUGCAUAUUGUGGACCUUCUACUUAUAUAUAUAAAUGAUGAUGAGAAAGAAAUAAAUUAUGAAGCUGCUGUUUGUAUACGUAAAUUAGUAAAGAAUAAUGAAUUUCAGAGUAAUAUUUUAGAAAAAAUUAUAGAUUCAAUAUUUGAUAUUAAAAAAGCUACAAUCCUAAGAAUUUUUUUUUGGGCUAUAGGGCAAUAUAUGUAUGAUGAAAAUAUGAUUAUAAAUUUUAUGAAUAAAUUAUAUGAAAAUUUAUCUCCUUUAUUAAAUAACAGUUUAGAAAGUGAUAUGAUAAAUAAAAUACAAAAUGAAAGAUUUAAAAAAAAUGGAAAUCUUAAUUUUAAUCUAUCUAAUUCAAAUAUACAAACUAAAACAGUUAUAUUAGAAGAUGGUACUUAUGCAACUGAAGCCUUUUUAAAAAAUCAAAAUAUUUCUAAUAAAACUAAUAAUAAAAAUAAAGAAAAUACAUUUCUAUAUAAUAUAUUAUAUGAAAAUGAUGAUUUACUUUUGUCAGUUAUUUGUGUUUGUUUAACAAAAUUAUAUUUAAAAUUAUUAUCAAAGUUUAAUGAUUCUUUUGAUUUUAUUUGGAAUCCUCAUGAAAUGGUAUGCUCAAAAGGAGACAAAGAAAAGAAGGAUCUAAUAAUAAGAAAUGAAAAUAAUUCUAAUGGUAAUAUUAAUGGUGAUAAUCUUAUGAAUAAUGAAUUAGAUGGUGAACCAUCUGUUGUGUCAAAGGAUCAAAAUGUCAUGUCAAAUAAUUCAAAUAACAAUAUAACAGUACAUAAUAUUAAUGAAUAUAGAAAUAAGUGUAUUUAUAUUUUGGCUAGUAUUAUAAAAUAUAUAGGAGAAAAAAAUUCAAAACCUGAUACUAAUAUAUAUGAAUAUGAUAGUAACGUUAUAAGAAUAAAUCAAUGCUUGAAAAUUUUUUUUUAUUUGACAAGUAACAAAAAAGAAUUAGAUGAACAAAAUAAAAAGUUGAUAAAAAUAUUUAUAGAUGGAGAUUAUUAUUAUCACAAAUUUUUAGAAAAGGAAGAAGAGAAGUAUUGUAGUAUAUAUGGUUCGAAUUAUAAGUAUAUGAAAAGAACAAACCUUAACACAUAUAAUAUUGAUGGUGAUAAAAAUAUUGAUGGAGAUAAAAAUAUUAGUGGUGAUAAAAAUAUUAAUGGUGAUAAAAAUAUUAGUGGUGAUAAAAAUAUUAGUGGUGAUAAAAAUAUUAGUGGUGAUAAAAAUAUUAGUGGUGAUAAAAAUAUUAGUGGUGAUAAAAAUAUUAGUGGUGAUAAAAACAUAUUUGAGAAAAGCCCAUAUGUAAGUAAUGAUUUAUUUUUAAAUGAUCAAGGAGAAAAAGCUAACGUAGAUGAUGAUAUAUAUUUUAGAGUAUUAAAAGAAAAAAAAAAUAUAUUAAAUAUGUUAGAUGAAGAAACAUCAUCUGUAUGUGUAAAUGAAAAUUUAGAAAAAUUAAAAUUAAAAUAUACAUUAAAUAAUGAUAUGUUAUUUGAAGAAAAUGAAUUUCAAUAUCCAUCUAUAAAAUAUAAUUAUUCUUCAUUAUUUCUAGCCAAGUUAUAUAAUUCUCAAAUAUUAACAGGUACAGAUGAUGAUAUUUUUAUAGAAGCAUUACCAAUUAUAUCAAACGUUAAUUUAAUAAUAGAAAUUUAUGUAUAUAAUCAAUCUAAUGUCUAUUUACAAAAUAUUUAUAUUAAUUUAUCAACACAUGGAAAUUUAAAACCUAUUGAUAAAAUACCUGAAUUUAAUUUAUCUCCUAAUGAAAAAAAAAAAUUUAAAAUAAGUGUAAAAGUACAUACAACAGAAGCAGGAAUUAUAUUCGGAUAUGUAUUCUAUGAAAGAAAAAAUGAUAAUCAAAAAAAUUAUAUUGUUUUAAAUGAAUUACAUAUAAAUAUGACUGAUUAUAUAAACGCCUCUUUUAUAUCUUCACAUCUAUUUCGUAUUAUGUGGUCUGAAUUUGAGUGGGAAAAUAAAAUUAAUAUACACACAUCUAUAAGGGAUGCCUUUGAAUUACUCAAGCUUAUUAUAAAAAAUACAAAUAUGACCAUUGUUGAGAGAUUUAUGCCACUUGAAUAUUACGACAUGGAAAUAAAAAACAAUGCCAACCAAGUAAACAUAAGUCCAAUAGAUAUAUAUAUUUCUUAUAUUUCAACCUUGGAAGAUUUAAAAUGUUUAGUUAAUAAUUCGGCAUUUUUCUCGGUUAAUUUAUUUUCAAGAAGUAUAUUUGGAGAGGAUUCGCUAGCUAACUUGUCUGUUCAAAAAAGUGCCGACGGAAAAUUGUCUGGUAGCAUAAGAGUUCGUAGCAGAACACAAGGUAUCGCUCUUAGUUUAGGAGAUAAAUUAACACUUCUUCAAACGGGAAUAAAUGGAGACAUGUAA